CGGCGGCUGCAGACGCGGUUGCUGAGGGGACUGCCACGGCGACGGCGGCUGGACUUAUUAGCUUCAUUCCCUCCUAAUCCACCCCGCACUAAAAUGGCGGCGGAUCCUCCUCCUGAAGAGUUCGGCGUGGCCGAGGAACGGAGCGGGCAUUGCGCCGUGGUCGAUGGGAAUUGUCUUUAUGUGUGGGGGGGAUAUGUGUCUAUUGAAGAAAAUGAAGUUUAUUUACCAAAUGAUGAACUUUGGAUCUAUGAAAUUGACAGUGGAUUAUGGUCAAUGCAUCUAAUGAAAGGAGAGUUACCUCCAUCUAUGUCUGGAAGCUGUGGAGCUUGUAUUAAUGGGAAGCUCUAUAUCUUUGGAGGAUUUGAUGAGAAAGGAUACAGCAAUCGGCUCUAUCAUGUUAAUUUGCGAACAAAAAAUGGAAUUUAUAUAUGGAAGCAAAUCACAGACUUUAAAGGUCAGCCUCCUACCCCACGUGACAAGCUUGCUUGCUGGGUGUAUAAAGACAGGUUAAUCUACUUUGGUGGUUAUGGCUGUAGGAAACAAAAUGAGCUAAGUGACUGUUUUGAUGUUCAUGAUGCAUUUUGGGAAGGUCAAAUAUUCUGGGGAUGGCACAAUGAUGUUCAUGUUUUUGAUACAAGUACUCAAACUUGGUAUCAGCCAAAAAUUAAAUGUGGAAUUGCACCUCAGCCUCGAGCAGCUCACUCAUGUGCAGUCAUAGGAAAUACAGGCUAUGUUUUUGGAGGACGGGUUUUGCAAACAAGGAUGAAUGAUUUACAUUCUCUGAAUUUAGACACCUGGGUUUGGUCAGGAAAAAUUGCUACAAAUGGAGAAAAACCAAGAGACAGAUCAUGGCACACGUUGACUCCUGUGGCAGAUGGGAAACUUUUCCUAUUUGGUGGGCUGAGUUCAGACAAUGUACCCUUAAGUGAUGGUUGGAUUUAUGAUGUUGCAACAAAUGAAUGGCAGCAACUUACAUAUUUACCACAGACUAGACCUAGGUUAUGGCAUACAGCCUGUGCUGGCAAAGAAGGUGAAGUAUUAGUCUUUGGAGGAAGUAAAGAUGAUUUGCAUUUCCUGGAUAGGGGACAUUGCAGUGAUUUAUUGAUUUUUCAAACGCAACCAUAUUCGCUACUCAGAUCGAGUCUUGAUUGUAUUGGUAAAAAUGCUGUCCUCUUGGAGAAACAAAUACCGUGGUUGCCAUCUAGACUUCUGGAAGAAGUUAUGGAUAAGAUAACUUUUUGGGUUGCUGUUAAUCAUCGUCAGAAAAAAAAAGCCAAAGCAGAAGACCACGAGUAGAUUAAUGUCCUUUAAACAACAGUUCCAUUAUCAUUUUAAAACAAACAACACUGACUAUUAUUGGUAAAUUGUUUGAACUAAAUUCUAAAUUUCUGGAUGCACAAGAAAACUUUCAAAGGUUAUCAGUGUCAUAACAGCUCCAGUUCAAGGCGCUGAAGAUUAAAAAUAUUCUUGGAUUGAAGAGCAAUUUGAUCCAAUUAUUGUUAUUAAAGAUAAUGGGGUUCUAAGCAAUGAAAAUGGUGUUUGGCCAUAUUAGGUAAUUUACCUUGUGCUGAUAUUUGAAAAGGAUAUUUUUUUAAAAACAAAGUUGAAUUGUGUUAAAAAAUUGUACAAACUCAAAAUCCUUUCACAACAACGUUUUGACAAAGUUGCCUUUUCUGUUGAUUGUAUUUUCUUUGUAUUUAACAGUUGAAAAUAUGUCCUUAAUUUAUUGUAAAAAGUGUUUAUAAAAUACUGUUUUCUAUUC